AUGGUUACGAUGAAGCCCAAGGUGAACAGCGUGGCUUUCGACUACAAGUCAGGACACUAUAACUACAAGUUUUACAAACUGAGGACAGUUUUCAGGUAUGCGAAAGCGUUUGUUGUGCUCUCUGCGCUGUACAUUGUUUGUCGUCAUUUGUUUGGAAUGGUGUCAGAGGAGGACUUGUCCAGGGAGGUACAACACCGAGCUGAUAACGGCUUCGAUGCUCCAGAAGAUUCGGUGUUGAGAAUGGACGAAGCAGCCGUGACGUCAACUCACUAUGUCCGUCUUCUGGAUAAGUUCACCGAGAGCUUUGCUUCUAAGCCCCUUGAUGACAAGUGCGUGCUGUUCUUUGAUGAGCUGUACAAGCAAGAUGGAGAUUGGGGGCUCGUAGACAAGACGGCGGACGUGAACAAGGAGUAUGCUCUUGGACCCUACGAGUGCUUAGAAGAGUAUAUCAAGAGAAGGGGCAAGGAGUGGAAGGAAGAGCGUAAGGAAGAGUGGAAGAAGCAGAACAAGGCAGAGACUCCACCAAAAAACUUCCCAGGAAACGUUCCUGAAAAGAUGGUGCCGCAGUUCGAGCAGGACUAUCUCGAGCUGAAGGAGCUGGUGUUGGAGCCUGAACAGCAGAUGGUUGAUAGCAUAGUACAGGUGAGGGUCUUUGACCAGUGCUUCCUCAGAGACAAUAGUGGUCCUUCGCUGAAGAAGCUUGAAGGGUUGAAGAAUAACAUAGAGCUAGACAAGCAGGUCACGACUGUCUACCAAGAUGUUGAAAGAAGGAUAUUCCCAUGGCUCUCCUCAGAACUACCGACGUUCAAGAGAUGGGAUGGGACUUUGGUUAAAGGUAUGCUGCAGAUCUCGGAUUACAUCGAUGCCUAUGAAGACAAGGACAUCGUACGGGAUCCGCAAUACAAAAACGCAUUUGGAGAGCGUGUCGAACCCGCAAGCAAGUCCCAUGCAUCCACUGUUGGAGACUCGUUCCUCCUGAAAGAUUGGAGAAACUCGAUGAAUGGGAGAGGUAUUGUGCUAUCUGUUGCUGACAAGUACAAAACAGAGAUUCUUGGUCUUAUAAGACUAUUUAGAGCUUUGAACAAUAAGCUUCCCAUUCAGUUUGUCCACAAGGGAGAUCUAAGCGCAGCAGCUCAGAAGGAGAUUAUCGAAGCUGCCAGAUCAGACGAUAUAUACAUCCUUCCAGAGGUUUAUGGAAAAGUUAGUGACCAAGUUCCGCAGAAUUUCCCAAAGCAGGAGGUUUGGUUUGUUGAUGCAAGCAAAUGUAUCAAUAAGGCUUAUGGUAAGAGCUUUAACAGUUACGCCAAUAAAAUGAUUGCACUGCUGUUCAAUUCAUUCGAUGAAAUAAUGAUGAUGGAUGCGGAUGUUCUCCCACUGAUAAAGCCAAACAACUUCUUCCAUACAGGACCGUACGAAAGAACCCAGACUAUAUUCUUUAAGGACAGAUACGUACAGGCCAAAAAGCAAGUUGAAGUCACUGACUUCUUCAAAAAGUUGAUGCCAACUGCUAUUGAUGAUGCUUUGUUCGGUAUACCAAGAGCGACAAACUUCACUCUUGAGAAUAGAUUUCUCGGUAAACAGUCUGCUCAUCUCAUGGAGGCCGGUGUUGUUCUUAUGAAAAGAUCAACACAUUUUGCUGGUCUUCUGAUGAUGGUGAGAUUAAACAUGUAUAAGGCUGUUACAGAGAAAAUAUGGGGAGAGAAAGAACUGUUCUGGAUCUCUCAGUCCGUUGCAGGAAAUGAGAAUUAUGAAUUCAACAAAUACGAUACUGCUAGUGCUGGGGCUUUAACUCCGCAGGAAACAAGACCAAAGAAUUCAUUAUCUCAUGAGUUGUGCUCUACACAUCCGUCGCAUGUCAGUGGUGAUGAUAAUCAUACACUUCUGUGGAUCAAUUCUGGUAUAAAAUAUUGCAAAGUCAAGAAUGUAUGGGAAAAGGAUUUCAACAAGAAACAGUGCAAAAAGAAGUAUAAGUCGAUCGAAGAUCUCAAGGAGAAAUACUCGACUCCAAUCAGGGUCAGCUCAGUUAUAAUACCUCCAAAUGGUGAUCGUAUUAUUAACAAUGACAUCGAGGAGCCAGUUAAAGGGUGGGUAGCAACUGGUUGCUGUAAUAGUUAUCUAUAUUGUGCUUAUGAUGUUAUUGGUGGCUCUGCUGAUCCACGAGAUCAAGGAAUUCUCAUUCAGUAUGAUAACGCUACAGCUGAUAGAUUUGAUUACUUUGGACAACUAUGGCUAUCUGAAGGUACAGUAAAGUUAAGUGAGUAUAGCUCAUAG